AUCAGUAUCAUAUGUCUAUUGAAUAUGAAGAGACAGGACAAUUUCUAAUAAAGAUAAUAGUCUGCAUAUAAUAUGAGCAGUAGAGGACCUACCUCUCACCGACUUUCGGGCUAUGAUAAGAUAUAGAGAUAUAAGAUAAGAAAGUCUGUAUAUGUCUAUUAUAUAAAACAUAAAGGUUCCCCGCGGUGUAUAUAAGAACACAGAGACCGAACGCGCGCGCUCAGUUGCCGUGCUGUCUUGAGUACUCUGCAAAGAUGCCUUCGCCGAUUGUCUGCCUGUUCCUCUUGCUUGGCAUAGCUUGUGCCCAGUUCGUGCCUGGUACGGACACUGGGAAUGGACAUCAGGAUGGUUGUUCGGUAACUCCCGGAGAUGACCUCGGCCCGUACUACGUACCCAACACGCCUGUAUCCCGCACCAUGUGCUUUGGGACGGCUGAAGACGACUACAUGUUCGUCAAGGGAACGGUGUACGACGUACAUUGUCACCCUGUGCAUGGAGCGAACGUUGAGGUGUGGCAGGCGGACAAGACAGGACUGUACUUUGACGACCGUUGCCGGGUGCAGUUCACUGCGGAUCAACAGGGGGCGUUCAGCUUCGUCACCACGAUGCCGGGGAAGUACAAGCUGGGGUAUUACUACCGCCCCGCACACAUCCACUACCGCGUGACUGCGCACGGGUACCGUGAGGUCGUCACGCAGCAGUACUUCUCCCAUGACCCGUCGCUCGGCGUGAACGACCCGUGCGGGGAAUGCAACUCCGGCAGCGCCGAGCUGAUUCUGGACGUCCGGGCACCCACCGCAGACGACCUGCUGCAGAUAGCACAGCUCGUCAGCUUUCCCGUCAACAAGGUCGUGGAGUUUAACCCCGUCAUGAGCCACUAGUGACCAGGACAGCAUCUAGACACAUACAAGUCGCUGUUACACGCGUAGCCAUUUCUUCACAUUGUUGUGAUUACAAAAAAUGAAUGAAACUUAUUCUGAUGUCACAUUGCCGCAUGUGUCCAAUAUGACAGGAAUCUAAACCGUUGUUUUGCAUGAAA